GAGCAAAGGAUACGACCAGCCCUUAAAAUAAACCCUGCGCCACAGUGUUGAAGAAAUGACAGCACAGAGCUUGGGCUAAGCCCUGAACAUCUUCUGCUUUAUCACUCAACAAGAAGGAUAUAAAUUAAAAAUAUGUACAUGUAUUUUAUCCGACUUUUAAGCGACUGAAAAACAAGUGGAAGAACUCCUUUACUUUUGGGAGGGGAGGGUGUUGGUGCGUAACUGCACAUGCAGUUUAUAUAUAGCUGAGUGUAACUGGUUCCCAGCACCGUCCUAUCGAGUUACAUCUUCAGUCAGCCCCCAAACUGCAAGGAAUAGUUCUGUCUCUCUAGCCCUCCGUUCCUCCCUCUACUGCGCAGUGCAGUAACACAGCUCUGGGGGGGAAAGGUAGCCAGGAUCUUCACUUUGGGGAUUAAAAUAUCCACGACAACUUGCUGUUAAACUCGUGUGCUUGGAUUAGGGGAAAAAGGAAGGAGGAUUGCAAGCUUUGAUUACAGGACUUUGCUCUUUCAUUGUGUUGGGUUGAUCAUGGAUAUAAACUUGGUGGCUUUAGAGGCAAAACAGGCGCCGAAGAAAGCCAAUGGGCCAAAACGCCCCGUGAAGCCGGCCAAACCUGCCAAAAAGACUAAAAAAGCUGUUGUUUUCUUUGAGGUGGAGAUCUUGUGCGCCAAGACCAAGGACAAGCUAUGCUUCCUGGACAAGGUGGAUCCCAAUUCUACUAUCGGGGAGAUAAAGGCAAUGUUCCACAAGUCCCAUCCACAGUGGUAUCCAGCUCGGCAGUCCAUCAGACUCGAUGCAAAGGGCAAGUCCCUGAAGGAUGAAGAUAUCUUGCAGAACCUGCCUGUGGGCACCACUGCUACCCUGUACUUCAGGGACCUGGGGGCUCAGAUCAGCUGGGUCACGGUGUUCCUGACGGAGUAUGGGGGUCCUCUCCUGCUCUACCUGAUGUUCUACUUCAGAGUUCCCUUCAUCUACAACACCAAGUACGACUUCACAACCAGCAAGCACUGGGUUGUACACCUCGCCUGCAUGUGUCACAGCUUCCACUAUGUGAAGAGGCUGCUGGAGACGCUGUUUGUGCACCGAUUCUCUCAUGGCACCAUGCCUCUGAGAAACAUAUUCAAGAACUGUACAUACUACUGGGGGUUUUCAGCGUGGAUGGCGUACUAUAUCAAUCACCCACUCUACACACCACCAGCUUACGGAGAGCAGCAAGUGCAGUUGGCGCUCAUCAUCUUCCUGUUCUGCCAGAUCGGAAACUUCUCGAUUCACAUCGCACUGAGAAACCUUCGGCCACCAGGCUCCAAGGCCAGAAAGAUUCCUUACCCCACCAAGAAUCCCUUCACAUGGCUCUUCUUGCUGGUGUCCUGCCCUAAUUAUACCUAUGAGGUGGGCUCCUGGGUGGGCUUCACGCUGAUGACGCAGUGCCUGCCCGUGGCGUUCUUCACCCUGGUGGGCUUCAUUCAGAUGAUGAUCUGGGCCAAGGGGAAGCACCGCAGCUACCUGAAGGAGUUCCGAGACUACCCUCGCCUCCGUUCCCCCAUCCUGCCCUUCAUGCUGUGAGCAGAGACUGCAGGAGUGUAAUUCAUUACUAAGAAUCAUGAGGAUAACCAUUAUAAUGCAACUCGGACGCUUUCAAAGGAUUUUGUGGUGCCCCUGGUACACAUGCUUACAUACCUGUCGCACUCAAUAGAACUCUGCUCCUCCCUUGAUGCAAUUAAUGAUUGCAGCUCUACAGUUCAGUACGUUGAAAAUAUCCUGCUCCAUAAUUAAGAGAUAAUCACAGAUGUCUAUACUAUAGCCUUACAAGCUCAUUUUAACCCUUUGCAGUCCAUUUAUUAACUGCGCGUCAGGCACGCCAGGUCUAAUUAAUUUUCACACGCGCAGUUAAUUUUAUACGCGCUGUUUAAAAGUAUUUUUUUUCACAGUCAAACGGGUUUAAAUGGCCCUGCAUAUCAACAAAGCACUCACUAGGCAUCUCCAGCCCCGCCCCACCCUUUCGUUUGCUAUAGCGUUCACCUAUGUAAGAAAUAAAUAAUAAUAAUAAUAAUAAUAAUAGUCGUACAUACCGAUCGAUCAUCUCCGGAUCACUCGUUUUAUCACCAAACUCCUCAAUAAUGCGAUCCAAGUCAUCAUUUUAUUACUAUAACAUCUGAAAAAAGCUCUGCAAAUGUCCAUGAUAGUCUCUGUGCGCUGACGCACUCAGCCAGCUUGUUUACUAUGAACGCCCCGUUAUCUGAUACCUGAUACCAUGUAUGACUAUUCAUGAGAUACGCCUUUUUUUUUUUUCGACUUGUCUCGGCUCCUGUCGCUCCCACUCGGCAAUUGAAUGGUUUUCUCGGCUUUUUCCAGAGAAAAAAUGACUAAACACCCGUUUAUUGCGUUGCUAUAAUGAUGUCGGACCCAGUCCGACAAAGGACCUGUGAGGAAUAAUUGCAAUGUCGGACCCAGUCCGACAAUGGACCGCAAAGGGUUAAUGUAAAACAGAUAAUUGGUGAGGUAUUAGGAGAUGGUACUGUGCAAAUAACUAACUUUAUACUAGUCAUCCACCCUCCAGCCAGGACAUCAAUAUGGCAUGUGAUCACCAGUAAGUGGGAUUGAUUACACAUACUGCCGAUGAGUGAGUGUGCUUUUCUACACAUCCUUAAUAGACACAUCUCUGAAUACCCAUUCAUUGGAGUUGUGUACAUGGGUCUUUUCCCCCACAUCUCUUAAAAGUAGUAUCUUCUGUACCAUUUAAAAAGUGUAUUAUAGCCUGGAAUCUCUUACACAAUACAUCAGGCUGUCAUAAACUUUUUAUAAAAAAAAAAAAAACUUACACUGUUGCAAACCCAUGAAAUCAUGAUUGAUUACAAAUACACACAUUAUAUUGUAGUACCAAUAUUACUUCCUCUCGUCAGUGUCUUCUAAAGCAGAACCUUGCAGACUACUGCAUAUUGUUUUUAAACCUGCUGCUGGCUCACAGAAUUACUGACAAUUCACUGGCUACUAGAGUACUUGACCAGAUAAUGUAGUUUCGUCCUGUGCUACUACAUUACAUUACACACUGCUCCAGGCUAAUGAAUUGCAAUUUGGCACACUGGGAAACAGUCAAAUGGCACUGGAAAGGUUGAGGAGCUAAGAGGGGCACAGCACUGAAUGUAAUUCUGCUCUAUGUGUAUGUAUUUGUUUGAAAUAGACAUUUUUGUUCAUCAAUCAUAGCAACCUUUUUCAGUUUUCCAUCUUAUCAGGUCAAACCAGCAUAGGUUAUACCUAGUCCACACUUAUGUAUUCGUAUAUAUUUUGUCUUCAUUUUUUCCCCUCUGUCAGUAAACCAGAUCAUGUAACAUAGCUGUCACUGGAUGGCAAUCUGGCUCCCUCUAGUGUUGGGGAAAGGCACUAUAUGAGUUUGCCUUCAUUAGAUGGCAAAUCAGCUGAUGUAACCAGCAGUAAACAAGAUACUGAUCCAUAGAUUGGCAUUAGCCAAAACAUUUAUCUGCUAUUUAAAUUUAAUGUUUCCCUCUUAGAAUCAAUAUAUGAUGAUAAUAAGUAACCAGAUGCUAUUCAAAGUGCGUUUUCUGAGCCAUUAAUAGAUUUACCUCAAAUUAAUCAUCGGGGUGCAAUUGUUCAACACCACGCUUUCAGAAAUGUAGGCUGCAGUAAAAAUAAAUAAUUGAACAGGCCACCACUAUCUAGAGGAGUUUAAUCAAUUUGAUUGUAUGAACCAUUUUAAAGUGUAGUAUUUUAAGACUAGUAUAAUCCUGAUUAACCAAAUCUCAAAUUGUAUUAAAGGUAUGCUAGUUUAAAAUGUCUUUUUAAUUGCUUUACCAUUCUACCAUACCUGUUAUGAGGUUCCCCAGCUGAAUAGUUCUGUUGCUCCCAAUAUUGACAUUCAUUCAUUCAUGUGUUCUCUGCAGCUGUCACUUGCUUAGAGAUCAAUACUGUUUUAACAGAUAUAACAGGACAGGUAUUCCUAACAAUUGGUAAACAUGCCUAAUCCAGGAGUGGCUGUAGAAAGUGAUUGGAAGAAUGGGAAUGUGGCACGCUGGGAGUGCUUUCCGUCCCCCGAACGAGGAAUGAAAUGGUAAUGGUACGGCUAGGAAAGAUGGGUAUCCCAGACAAAACAUUUUGUAUUUCUUUUUCAGUACAAGACACUGAUGAUAUGUAGUUAUCUUAGGGCACAUCACAAUGGGAAAAUCUAAAUUGAUGCAGUAAACAGCAAAUGUCAACCAAUACAUAUUUCUUUUCGAUUAUAUUUAUUGCAUGAAUGUAUAUUUUCCCCAGUCUGGUGUGAUUUUUUUAAUGGAAUUACCCACUUUUUUUAUUGAAAUCAUAAUGUAAAUGCUCAGAAUAUUUUAAAAAGCCAUUCUUUUAUUGUAGGAAUGAAAUCAGUUUUUUGUGAAUCAAGGGUGAUCUUGGCAUAUAUUGACACAUCACAACAUUGUGAUAUUUCAUAGAGAGAACAAAUGAAGGUUUUGCUAUCUGGAUAAAUCAAUCAUCUACUGAAAUGUAUCAUAAUAUAUAUAUUUGGUAUAUUUCAAAUACUCUAAAAUGUAAAAAUCAUGGAAAAAUGGUCAGGAAUAUGUGGAGUAUUCAAUUGGCAGAUCUAAAUAUAGUCACUGCUAAAAAGGCCUUUAGUGGGCCAAUGCUAUGAAAAUCAAAUGCUAACAGCUUCUAAAAAUGUCAAAUGCAAGGGUGCACUCUUUAAUGAUUUAAAUAAACACAAGGCUUUAGAUCUACCACAGUUUAGACCAACAGAAGAAACUUAACUAUAAUCAAACACGGUAUAUAUGUAAUUUCCAUCAGGGUGAACAAAGUGUCAUUUAUAAUACAGUGCAGUAAACUGUUGAAUAACAGGUUAAGUCGUGGUGUUCUCUGCAAUGCUUAACAAGCUCUUGGUCUUAAAUUUGGAAAUAAAAUGUUAAAAAAAAAAAAAAGUGCACUACUGGAAUUAACAGUCCUCUAAGAAUCAUGUCCUGCUGAAGAUACAAAUCAUAGUGAAUAUUUCUUUAGCCUGUAUUAGUGGACUAAUCAAUGUAGGUAACUAGUUCUGAUUAUUAUUUUUUUUUCUGUUAAUCAGUAGUUUAGUUUUUCCUUGUUUACGAAUAACAUUGUUUACAGUGAGUACGAAGAUUAAACUGAUUAACAGUU